AAACAAACAUAAACCCUAGAAAGAAAGAAACCCCAACCCAACCCAGCCCCCACAAUUUGGGGCGAUAAAAAAAUGAGUGCGUCUUUUCUUAAAAAUAGCAGUAAGAAGGCGCACCUCUACGUCCACACCUUAUGGAAGACACAGUCCAUUUCCAACUCCAUCGGAGCUCCGAUUACCCGACCCCAUUUCCACCAAUCGCAUGCUUCCUACUCCCGAUUUCCUCAACGAAAAGUCAAGGAGAUGGAGUUUUCGGUUCCACUUGCUACUGCUGCUACCUCUUCCAAAGGCUUUUCUUCUAUUUCUAAUAACGCCUUUAUUGGGUGGUAUUUGGGUAUGGUUAAGACCCGACCCAUUCUUACCAAAAGCGUCACCUCUGCGCUUAUCUAUACCGCCGCUGAUUUAUCUUCUCAGACAAUUGCAGGGUCAUCUUCAGACUCUUAUGAUCUUGUAAGAACUGUUCGCAUGGCUGGAUAUGGAAUGAUACUAUUAGGUCCAUCAUUGCAUUUUUGGUUCAAUUUCGUGUCAAGAUUAUUUCCAAAGAGGGACCUGUUUUCAACAUUCAAAAAAAUGUUCAUGGGGCAAGCGAUCUUUGGGCCUAUUAUGACUGUUGUAUUCUUCUCUGUCAAUGCCGGUCUUCAAGGUGAAAGUGGUUCAGAAAUUGUUGCUAGAUUGAAACGAGACUUGAUUCCUACAUUGAUCAAUGGUGUAAUGUACUGGCCCGUUUGUGAUUUCAUCACAUUCAGAUUCAUCCCCGUUCAUUUGCAGCCACUGGUGAGCAACUCGUUUGCGUAUAUCUGGACGGUUUACAUGACGUAUAUGGCAGGCUUAGAGAAAGCAGGCACCAAAUAGCUGCACUGCUAUGUUUUGCUAUGUAAAUGAAGCUGCAGGCAGCUAGCUAUGUUACAUUUUACAGUUAUAGUUUUUUUUUUAUUUUAUUCAAAGUCGAGAAUGUCAUCAUAAAUUACUUACUUUAUGGAUCUUCUUAGAUUUAUCUUUUUGGCUGUAUUUCUAUUCAUUGUCAACUU